ACAAAUCAGUUCAGAAAACGUAGGAAAAGUGUAGGGUACCAAACAAACACAAGCUCUGUACCUUUUUAGUUUUGUAAAUCUUUUGGUAAAUUAUUUUUGUACUUUCAAACUUUAUGAAAUAACUUGAGUAACUGCAACUGCGGACUAUGUCAGAGGCAGUCGACGUCAGGGACCAGUUCGAAAUCCCAGCAGCAAGGUCGAACGACAGUCAGACUUCGCUCCAAACCGAUCCGAAAAUAGAGCUGGAGAGGUGGUUAGAGGCUGAGGUCUGUGAUGAGAUAAUCAACGCACUCAAAAUUCCAGAGAUUUCUGAAGAAAAAUUCGAGGCUGCAGAGGCGGCGGCGAAAUCUUUAGGAGAACCAGAGGAGGUGACAUAUAAAGAGGACUCCGAAGCACCAGAAGAGCUCGAAGAGUCCAAUGAGUUUGCCAUCAGGGACAUCAGCCUUGUAGAGGAGGACGAAGGGGAGCUGGUUUCCGGGUCGUCCUUCACUUCCUGCUGCUCCUACAAGUACAUCCGACAAUCGAUCCUCAAACGGCAGCUGCGCAACGCUUCCACCUUGAGCUUGGACAGUGGCGUUGAUCUCGACUCCCUCACGGAUCCCUGUCACAAUCGGGAACUAUACCAGGCACAAGAUCCCGCCUCUGGCAAAUAUAUCGGAGAGGCUGGCUCCUCCAUCAGGGUAGUGAUGGAGAAGAUAAAGCUGGACAUCACGCCCGAGGGUAGUGAGUGCGACAUCGAGCUGAGUUUGGAUGAAGUCUACCAGCGUUUCUCCGCCUGGUUCAAUCGCACCGAGAUAGACACCGCUUUUACCCGUUUUUUGCAGGUGGAUGAAGACCGGGAUGGGUAUAUAUCCUUGGGAGAACUCAAGAGGUUCCUGGAGAAGCUGGAGGUGCCACAAACCCACUUGGCAGCCAAGAAUGUCAUGCACCAUGUGGUGGGAAGUCAGGAGGGUCGGCUGAACUUCUGCCAGGGGCUGCUCGUUUACGGCACCUUGCUGAACCGCCUGGAAUUGCGAAAAUGGAGUCUUCAGGAUCGGGAAAAGCAGCGGUUGGCCAGGAAAGAAGCGGUGGACGUGUCUCAAGUGGGCGUAAGUGGCGCCAAGCUAUUUUUUGAGGCCAAGAUAGCCAUGCAAACGGAGCCCUUGGCCCUCAAUUCGGUUCAGCCGGUUACCAAAGUUGCUGCCGACCACUCCCCAACCUGCCUGAAAAACUCCUCCAAAAGGGAGCAGUUCAAGUCCGCCGCCGCUGUAUUCCAGAAACUCGAGAGCGAUCAGUGCUCUGUGUCAACCCAAGCCCCUCCUCAAUCCUGACUCGAGAGUGUUGUGCCCAAAUUUUCAAGUUGAAAUUCUGGAAAAUUAUCCGUUUAUCGCCACACUGACCUUGUGUCUGCUCUAUAACUUCCCAUAAAUCAUUUGCCAAUAAAACACGAUCCAGAAACACAAA